AUGACGGCAACAGAAAAUAGCCUGACUGAAGAAGUUCAUGAUUUGAAGGAGCAACUCAGGCUACUGCAGAUGACACCGACGCCGGCACAAGCUACUUACUCGCAACAGCAGUUACAAGUGAACAUUCCGAAAUUUAGCAAGGCAAAUCCAGAUCUUUGGGCUUGGCUGUUCAAAGGUAGAGCGCCGCCACGCCACAGUCCACCGCGAACACGCGUAACGGCGACGCCCGCUCACAACGCAGCAGAGCGCCGACGUCGCACAGCAGCAGCGCGCCGCCAUCGUCGCACCAACGCCACACAGCAGCAGAGCACCGACAUAGUAGCGCCGAAGUCACCCAGCAGCCGCGCACCAACAGGGAGCGCCAACGUCGCCCAGAGUCUACGCGUCAGUAGCGGAGCCGUGGUCGUGAACGCACAGCUACUAGAGAAUAGCUCUCGACUUGUACAUAGGCGACUAUACAAGGCUUGGCUAUUCAAGGGUAGAGCGCCGCCACGCCACAGUCCACCGCGAACACGCGUGACAGCGACGCCCGAUCGUGGGGCAACAGUGCGCUGGCAUAGUAGAACGCCGACGUCACUGGGCACGGCGAGUAUACCCCAGCAUAGAAAACAGAAGCGACGGGGCCUUCACAGAAAACGCUUCGUUACAAUUGGCGCCCGAGCAGGGACACUGCAAAUAGUACAAUACGAGGAGAACAUUUCGAAGCCAAUAAUUAAACCAGCCAUGACAGAACCAGUGAGCAUAGCGUGGCUGGACAGCGUAUCCAAGGAACAGUUGGUGUCCAUCACACAGGAACUGGGCAUCGAACACACAGGCCCCACUCGAGAGAUAAGGAAACGGAUAGCGGCAUGGGCCGCCAAAGCACUCGUCGACCCGGAACUUAACGCAAAAUUUCUCGCGAUGGAAGCAGCAUACAACGAACAGGAGGUCCACUGGAGAGACGAAAGUCAACCAAAGACACCGUUAACCGUGAAUCAAGGCGAAAGUGCGUUGUGCUUCUUCUGA